AUGCGGGCAAAUAAAUCCUGCCCCGCUGCACCAGGACCCAGCACCCCCAUCCCGCUGGGAGAGGGCGUAGGGCAGGGCCCGUUCAGCAUCAGGGUGGGCGAGGGGGGGGUCUGGGCUUUUCUCCCCUCCCUUGCAGUUCACAUCCAGACCUCCCGGGCUCUCAUGGUCAUUUCUCUCCUCCUGGGCUUCUUCGGCAUCAUCGUGAGCGUGGUGGGCAUGAAAUGCACUAAAGUUGGGGAGGAGGAUCCUGUCACCAAAAGCCGCAUAGCUGUCGCUGGAGGUGUCCUCUUCAUCCUCUCUGGUCUGUGCUCGCUGGCUGCCGUGUCCCUGUACGCAACACAGGUGACCUACGAGUUCUUCAGAGAGAGCGCCGUGCCCAUCAACGCCAGGUACGAGUUUGGCUCUGCUCUCUUCGUCGGCUGGGGGGCCGCCGGGCUCUCCAUGCUGGGGGGGUCCCUGCUGUGCUGCUCCUGCCCUGCCAAGGAGCGCCGAGCGCAGCAGUACCACCGGCAGUCGCAGCCCUCCACGUCCCGGGAGUACGUCUGAGCCCUCACCCUGCCCUCCCACCGCCUGGUGCCUCCCUCCCCUCCCAAAAACCGGCAAGACCCCGGUGCUCCCACCCCACCUGGUCCCCUGAAUGCUCCACGAGACCUUUCUCCU